CUUAAUCUUCCGAGCCAUUCCAACAACCGUGGCGGCGACGAUAACGACACCUUCAAAAGCUCACAUUGUUUCGCUGGUCUGGGACCUCCUGAUUUUUCGAUCUCGUUCGGGAUCACAAUUUUUUAGACCCAUUCAUCACCCUGUUCUUCAAGCUUCUUCUACCAUUUUGUCAGCUUCGUGUUCAUUCUGUUGAUUAUGCGAAUUUGCAAUUCCGUUGAUGGGUUCUGCGGCAGAGGGGCUGUUCUCGAAUGGGUAUUUCUUUCUUGAUUUGCACGAACCGUCUGUUGGGGGUUGAGAGUUUUUCCUCUUUGUUGGUUUAGGAGUAAUUUACACUGUUAGUUCUUGCUGCCAAGAAAUUGAAGUCUGUUUCAUCUCGUGUUUGAGGCUGCUGGCUCGUUACUUUCACGGUUAAGAUGUCACCCAGGUACCCCUUCUGAGUAUCAAGUUGAUUUUAUGUGGAAAUGGGACUUGCUAGUUUGGUUUACUGAAUGUAAUCUUGGGAAGAAUUGGGCUUGCUGUAUUGAUGGACAUUGGCGUCUCUUGUGUCUGAUUAUGGGAGUUAGAACAAAAGGGAAGAUUAGCAUUUUGGAAUUUUGUUUGCAUCGUUUGAUUGUGGAAGGGAGCGUGCUGAAAUGAACUUUUGGGUAGCUGCAACUGCCGCUGGUGCUGGAUACUUAGCUAAGUAUUGGCAGAAACUGUUGGGAGAUGGGAGUAGUUCGUAUCAGAUGUCUACUAAUGAGGAAGUAGGAUCUAUGGAUCAUCCCUUCCACCGAACAAAACGAAGAACGAAAACACAUGGAGAUAUUCUUGCUGCCGAUCGAGAGGUUUCGAAUGGGAGAGAUUCUGUUCGGAGUCGAUUCAAUGUGGCUUCUACUAGUGGUUUAGAUUUCGAAAAGACAGAAAAUUUGGGGAAUUACCGGGAAUAUGAUGGUCUUCCCGUGUCCAAUUUUCCACUAGAAUUAUCAUUGAGCUAUUUGAAUGAUCAUAUGACUGAUCAGCUACCUUGUUCAUCUUCUAGUGAACUGAGCUGUUUUCAGCCUACUAUGUCGAAAAUAGGUCCUCUUAGACAUAAACAUUCAAAUCAGAGAUUUAUUCAACCGCUUAGUUCACUAGAAAGUUGUGUGCUGUCUGAUCUCUACAAGGAUCAUAUUGAAAUGGAAGAGUAUAUCCUACAUUCGUUUCAGUCAGCGUCUAAAUCAACUAUCAGGCGGUUCGUUGUAAAAGAUGGAACCCGGAUCGGCAAGGAUUUUAGAGAUUCUUUUCGUGUUCAGGUUGAUCUGGAUGCAAGUAACUUCUAUAAAGAGCCUUUUACUGAAAAGAACAAAGAUGUGUAUGGGAUACCUUUGCUUCCAAAAAGACAGUCUUUGAAGACCGCUGAGAUGCUAGACAUCAAUGGAGGAGGAAGACAAUGUGGAGCGAGCAGUGCCAGUCAAAUGGACAACGAGAAGCUCGCCCGUGCAAAAGAUCGAGUGAUUCUAUUCUAUCUCAGGAUUUCGAUCGGCUUAAUAUCAUCUUUCAUGGCGAAAAAGCGUGAAAUAGACGAGCUCAAAGAGUUAUUAAAGGAUACUGAGAACUUGGUCCAAGAUCUACAAGAGGAGCUUGAGAUGAGGGAUACUCUUCUGACAGUCAAGGAGCUUUCAAAUGAGAACUGUGAAUCACUUGGCAUACCUGAGAAUUCUUUGUUCAGUAUGAAAGAACAGAAUCUUGUUCCUUCAGCUAAAUCUGAUGAUAAGGAAUUAUUCAUACAGAGUGCUGAAGAGGGAUCAGAAUCUCUGAGUAAAAUUGAAGCUGAGCUUGAAGCAGAACUUCAGAGGUUGGGACUAAAUAUCGAUACGUCGAGUACGGAUAAAGGAUUUUAUGAUCUUCAUGAGCUUGAUCAAGAAAUCACAGAAGAUUUCUCUGAAGGUGUGUUGUGGGCUGACAUGAUGAAUGAUCUAAAUCCUAAGUUUCAGCAAAAUCAAGAUGCAAGUAAGAUUACUUCCUCGGGCAACUACACGGUUUCCCCUUGGGAGCUUAGUGUGCGACUACACGAAGUCAUCCAAUCAAGGCUUGAAGCGCGUGUGAGAGAGCUCGAAAUAGCCCUUGAGGACAGUGAGAGUAGACUUCAAUGCAUCGAAGCCGAGCAGAUUGAUUCGAGGAAAGAAUUCACCCAAAGUGAAAUGCUACAUUCAUCCAGUGAAGAAAGUCUAACUUCUCAACCUCUUGAUAUGAACUUAUCAGGAGAAGCUCUGGAUGCCUACAAUGAGGCAUAUCAUGAGUUGAUCGAUAUGGACGACUCCGAAGAAGAGCUUGUGCAUUCACCUUCACCAGUUGAUGAAGGCAAGCAUCCGCAAAGCCACACCGCCACUAUUGGUCGUCCAUUUUCAUACCCAAAUGGGAGGACAAAUGGGUCGAUGAGUCUCGGUCGGGUACCUGUUAAGGAGAAAACGAAAGUUUGUCACAAGAAGAUUGGCACAAUGAAAGAUCAUUUCUCACUGGGUCAGCAGACAAAUGGUGUAGAUGAUGAAAGCAGUGAUUAUGAUGAUGAGAUGCUGAUAAAGCAGAUUGUGGAGAAAACCAGAAUGGGUUCUCCUGUGGUUCUAAAUGCACAAAGAUGGUUAUUUUCAAUGGAUAAAGACGACGAGGGAUUCAAAUGGAAUACCACAUACAAGAACUCACCUCCCCUACCUAUACUGAACAAUCGUUAGUGUAAAAGACUCGAUAAUACCACCAACUAUUACUUUUCUUCAACGAGCUUCUUUUUUAUUCA